CGACAUUUCUCCGCAUGCCGCGCUUCUCUGAAUGGGCCGCUGAGCAGCGAAGUGCUGGCUCCGCCCAGCCACAGAACGUUGGAGCUGUGGCCACGGGCCCUCAACGUUUCCUGGUGGACAACAGUCUCCUGCGAUCGGACAGCUCUGGGCUGCGCUACCGCUUUUCCCCGGAUGGCGACAAGAAUCGGGCACUGAAGCCAGUGGCCUGGGGCCGCUGCGUUUGGGGCGUUCUCAACGACACGCAGACGUGGCUCAAGGUGAAAGCUGGACGAUACUUACCCGUGACGGUCCAAGGCUGCAGCGUGUUGAAGCUUCAACUGGACGACCCGGAACCCUUUGAGGAGGAAGUUGAAGAAAUACUGUGGAUAACACCGCUGAAGUCCUUAAUUGGCCCUGGCAGCUGCUAUGAGAUCGCUGCGGAGAAAGCGGCUUUGCGACGGGGCCCUUCCUUCAAUGCAGCGACCAUCAUUUGGCUGUCGCAAGGUGAAGCGGUCCAGCUCUUUGGCUGGGAUGAAUCCUGGCGGUGGCGGCAGUGCCUCGAGCCAAGGACCCAAAGCUGCAAUCAAGCCAGCGGCACAGCCAUGCGAAGGACUUCCAAUGCAAGAAUGCUGAGAGUCAUGGCACAGCGGCAUCCACCCGAUGGAAAGGUUUGUAAAUAAACAUAUAUCAUAAUAGUCAUG